AUGGCUGAGCUAGAUAGUGAUUUGCGGAGGAUCUGGGCACAGGAAGCGGAAAGCCUUCUACAAGGGGUUCGCAUCCUAGACGCCAUCAAGAACAUUCGUGACCCACGGAAAGAGGACAAAAUGACAAACAGCAGUUUGGAAGAGGCCCCGCGCACUGCCCGCUACACGGAAGGAUUUGUCUUUGCAAGUCGUUCCUUGGUGCUGUCGGGGAGCGGGGCCCAGAUCACAGAGGGCCUAGUGGACCAGGGAGAGGGAAAUGGGCUCUGCGUGCACAUUCGCAUCGUCCUGUUCCAGGUCAGCCUGGUGGGGACCGGUGGGGGGACCGUCAUCCCCUCGGGCUCCAGUGCAGGGAAGGAGGCAGAGAUCAGGCUAUCCCUGCCAGUGCAGCCUCGAGGAAGCCCCAUCAGCCACCGCCUCCCCAACGGAGCGCAGGGAACGCCGAGUCCUGUACCUGCCUUCACGCGGGGGGAGACAGGUGAGCACCCUGUGCAGUCAGACCCGGCCCUGCUGGGCGUCCACUCUACCUCCAUGCCCGUUCGGCCAGGAACCCGGGAACCUGAGAGAGCAGCUGGGAGUCCGAUCUUCGAGGGCGGUCUGGUGGAGUGGGGCCUCUCUGGGGCUGAUGCGUUCCCUGAGGUCCCCACUGUCUCCUGGGCCCAAACCGGAGUGUCCAAAGGCCGUGAGAGUGAAAAGGUGUUGGGGAUAAUGCCCGACGGCUUUCUGAAGGAGGAGCUGAACGAGGCUUGGCUAGGGCCUCCCACAGGCCCCCUUGGGGAGGGGAAGUCCUCACUGGGGUCUGCACAGGACACCAGCUCCCUGACUGAUGGGCAGACGCUCUCCAAAGAGUCCCUAAGCCAUGCUCUCGUGCUCUCGUCCUCAGAGAAGGAGAAGGAUGUCCAGCUGGAUGGGUCAGAGGAGAAGCUGUGGACAACGCGGGCAGACGGACGCGUGCGCACACGCAUCCACCCCACCUGCCCACAGCCUCCCUACACUGUGCACCAGAUGUUCUCCGAGACCCUGGACAAGUAUGGGGACCUCCGUGCUAUAGGCUUCAAGCGCCAGGGCACAUGGGAGCACAUCUCCUACUCCCAGUACUACCUGCUGGCCCGAAAAGCCGCCAAGGGCUUCCUGAAGCUCGGCCUGGAGCCGGCGCACAGCGUGGCCAUCCUCGGCUUCAACUCCCCGGAGUGGUUCUUCUCGGCGGUGGGCACGAUAUUUGCAGGCGGCAUUGUCACUGGCAUCUACACCACCAGCUCCCCCGAGGCCUGCCAGCACAUCGCCCAUGACAGCCGUGCCAACGUCAUUGUGGUUGACACACAGAAGCAACUGGAAAAGAUCCUGAAGACCUGGAAAGACCUGCCCCAUCUGAAGGCUGUAGUGAUAUAUGGAGAAGCACCUCCAGAGAAGAUGGCCAGUGUGUACACGAUGGAGGAGCUCAUGGAGCUGGGGGAUGAGCUGCCCGAGGAGGCCCUGGACUCCAUCAUCAACACCCAGCAGCCUAACCAGUGCUGUGUGCUGGUCUACACCUCCGGCACCACCGGGAGCCCCAAGGGCGUGAUGCUAAGUCAAGACAAUAUCACGUGGACAGCACGGUAUGGCAGCCAGGCCGGCAACAUCCAGCCCGCGGAAGUCCAGCAGGAGGUGGUGGUCAGCUACCUGCCCCUCAGCCACAUCGCCGCUCAGAUCUACGACUUGUGGACGGGCAUCCAGUGGGGGGCCCAGGUCUGCUUCGCCGAGCCUGACGCCCUAAAGGGGAGCCUGGUGAACACGCUGCGGGAGGUGGAGCCCACGUCCCACAUGGGGGUGCCUCGAGUGUGGGAGAAGUUCAUGGAGCAGAUCCAGGCGGUGGCGGCUCAGUCUGGCUUCAUCCGGCGCAAGAUGCUGCUCUGGGCCAUGUCGGUGACCUUGGAGCAGAACCUCACCUGCCCAGGCAGCGACCUGAAGCCCUUCACGGCCAGACUGGCAGAUUACCUAGUGCUCGCCAAGGUCCGCCAGGCGCUGGGCUUUGCCAAGUGUCAGAAGAGCUUCUACGGGGCUGCCCCCAUGACCGCUGAGACGCAGCACUUCUUCCUGGGCCUCAACAUCCCCUUGUACGCAGGCUACGGCCUCAGCGAGACCUCGGGCCCCCACUUCAUGUCCGGCCCCUGCAACUACCGGCUCUACAGGUGUGUCCCCCAGCAGGCGUCCCCCCAGCAGGUGUCCCACCCCAGCAGGUAUAUCCCCAGCAGGUGUGAGGUGCUUCUGAGGGCGUGGCACUGCCCCCGCCACCCCCAAGUAUCCACAGGGCUGCCUGACGCUCCUGCCUCCAGGGGCUGGGGCCAAGAAUUAAUCAUCACAGCUGGUGGAGAGAACGUCCCCCCUGUGCCCAUCGAGGAGGCCGUGAAGAUGGAGCUGCCCAUCGUCAGCAAUGCCAUGCUGAUCGGGGACCAGAGGAAGUUCCUGUCCAUGCUGCUCACCUUGAAGUGUGUGCUGGACCCAGACACCUCCGAGCCGACGGACAACCUAACUGAACCAGCUGUGGCCUUCUGCCAGAGAGUGGGCAGCAAAGCCACCACCGUGUCUGAGAUUGUGGGCACCAAGGAUGAGGCCGUGUAUCAGGCCAUUGAGCAGGGGAUCCAGAGUGUCAACAGGAACGCAGCUGCCCGGCCCUACCACAUCCAGAAGUGGGCCAUUCUCCAGAGGGACUUCUCCAUUUCGGGUGGAGAGUUGGGUCCGACGAUGAAGGUGAAACGGCUCACGGUUCUGGACAAGUACAAAGACAUCAUCGACUCCUUUUACCAAGAGCAGAAGAAAUAAUCAGGGGCCAUCCUCCCAGUUUCUGCUGAAGACGGCAGGCCUUUUGGAGGGUCAUCCUGGGCUCCAGGUCCUCCUCGGUCUGGGCGCACGGAUGCCCAGCAAGGCUGUGAGGUCUCCGUGUCUGGCCAUGGCACUGGUGUCCACAUUUACCGGGUCUAUCACCAGCAGCCGCUGACGAUUCCAGAAGCUUCACAUGUGAAUAGUUUUACUUUUAAGCAUUGCUUUUUGUUCAGGUGACAAAUGAGAUCAGCUCUCCCCCUGGAAGUAAAGGGCAGGCUGCUGGCUCACGUGGGGGAGGGUGGAGAGGGAUGGCCGGAGUUACUUGGCGUGCUGCAGGAGAGCCCAUGGUCAGGCCGACCUCCUCUGGACCCAUGGCUGCUGCCCACCCCGCCGUGCCAGCCCUGGGCGCUGGGCACCUCACACUUGCCGACUGACCUGAAGCUUAAUAAAACCGCUGUUGCCUGUUUGUACUGUGAUCUGAAUAUUAAACCAUUUAACAGAA